AUGAACAUACCUAAAGAACCAACCUAUCGAAUGGAACCUCAUCGAAAAUUUGAUCCAUGUAAAGUUGAAGAAAUUGUCAAAGAGGUCUUAGAAGAUCGACUUCAAACCUUCAAAUACAACCCGAAAUUUUCUGCUAACUUUUCUAAAAUUAUUAGUGAUGAAAUUAAGGAUAAAGUGAAAAUGCUGAAUUUUGAUCGUUAUAAAAUUGUGGCUAAUGUUGUUAUAGGACAAAAGAGAGAUGUUUGUGUGCUGGUAACUAGCAGAUGUGCUUGGGAUGAUAAAUUGGACAACUACGUUUCAUAUACCUUCCAAAAUCAACACAUCUUCUGUACUGCAAAUGUAUUUGGAAUUUACAGUGAAUAA